CCCAAGCCCUGCCCCUCGGCUGCCCGGCCCCUGCGCGCCUGGAAGCCGGAAGCAGGCGAAGAAGAGCCAGUUCUGAGCUUCUCCGAGGAAGGGGAAGGCCAGGGCCCGUGCCCCGCAGAGCCCCAACCGCGGGCCGCCAGCGCCCUGCGACAGCGCGGGACCAUGGGGACUCCGCGCCGCGGGCCACCCGUCCUCCCGGGGCCCCCGCUGGGGCGGCUACUAGUGCCCCUGCUCCUGAGCGGGCUGUCCCUGGCUCGCGCCUCCCCGCGACUCUUGGACUACCCGGCGCCAGUCUGCUCUCAGGAGGGACUAAACUGCGCAGUCAAGAAUAGUACCUGCCUGGAUGACAGCUGGAUCCACCCUCGAAAUCUGACUCCCUCAUCCCCCAAAGAUGUCCAGGUCCACCUGGACUUUGCCCACAACCAGCAUGGAGACCUCCUACCUGUGGCUCGCAUCAGAUGGACCCUGCAGACAGAUGCAAGCAUUCUCUUCCUGGAGGGUGCUGAGCUAUCUGUCCUGCAGCUGAACACCAAUGAACGCUUGUGCAUCAAGUUUGAGUUUCUGUCCAGACUGCAGCAUCAUCGCCAGCGGUGGCAUUUUACCUUCAGCCACUUUGUGGUAGAACCUGGCCAGGAGUAUGAGGUGACCGUUCACAACCUGCCCAAACCUAUCCCUGAUGGGGACCCAAACCACCAGUCCAGGAACUUCCCCGUGCCUGGCUGCGAGGACCCCAGGAUGAGGAUGACCACACCAUGUGUGAGCUCAGGCAGCCUGUGGGACCCCAACAUCACGGCAGAGACCCUAGAGGCCCAGCAGCUGCGGCUGAGCUUCACCCUGUGGAACGAGUCUACCCCUUACCAGAUCCUGCUGACCAGCUUUCCACACACGGAGAACCAGAGCUGCUUCCAUCAUGGCCUCAUGGUGUCCACGCCCACACUCGAGGAGUUCCACCAGCGGGCCAACGUCACGCUCACCCUGUCAGACCAGACUUGGUGCUGCCGCCACCGAGUGCAGAUCCAGCCCUUCUUCAGUAGCUGUCUCAACGACUGUCUCAGACACUCCGUAACCCUUCCCUGCCCAGAAAUUCCAGAUGCUCCAGGCCUUCUCUGCCGUGUCACUCAUGUCGUUCUGCUUCCCACAGACUACAUACCCCUGUGGGUGUACGGGUUCAUCACGGGCAUCUCCAUCCUGCUGGUGGGUUCCGUCAUCCUGCUGAUCAUCUGCAUGACCUGGAGGCUGCCCGGGUCUCAUCGUGAAAAAUAUGGUAAUGACAGCAAAUGCACAGAUGUCCUGCCAGAGACCAGCCUGACCCCACCACCCCUGAAGCCCAGGAAGGUCUGGAUUAUCUACUCCGCUGACCAUCCCCUCUAUGUGGAUGUGGUCCUGAAGUUCGCCCAGUUCCUGCUCACUGUCUGUGGCACAGAAGUGGCCCUUGACCUGCUAGAGGAGCAGGUCAUCUCAGAGGUGGGGGUCAUGACCUGGGUGGGCCGCCAGAAGCAGGAGAUGGUAGAGACCAACUCCAAGAUCAUCAUCCUGUGCUCCCGAGGCACCCGGGCCAAGUGGCAGGCCAUCCUCGGCUGGGAGGAGCCGGCCGUGCAACUCCGGUGUGACCGCUGGAAGCCAGCGGGGGACCUCUUCACCGCGGCCAUGAACAUGAUCCUACCAGACUUCAAGAAGCCAGCCUGCUUCGGCACCUACAUCGUCUGCUACUUCCGUGACAUCAGCAGUGAGAGUGACAUCCCCGACCUCUUCAACAUCACUUCCAGGUACCCACUCAUGGACAGAUUUGAGGAAGUGUACUUCCGGAUCCAGGACCUGGAGAUGUUUGAACCUGGCCGGAUGCACCGUGUCGGGGAGCUCACAGGGGAGAACUAUCUGCAGAACCCGAGCGGCUGGCAGCUCAAGGAGGCAGUGGAGCGGUUCCGGCAGUGGCAGGUCCAGUGCCCAGACUGGUUUGAGCAUGAGAACCUUUGCUCAGCGGAUGACCAGGACCUCCCGUCGCUGGACGAAGAGGUGUUCAAGGAGCCCCUACUGCCGCCAGGAAGAGGGAUCAUCAAGCAGAAACCCCUGAUACAGGAACCCGCCUCCGAGGGUGCCCUGGUGGGAGAGCUGCUCAUCAGUGAGGAAGGAAGAGGACUGUGGAGGCUGGACCCUCAACUCCUGCCCCAAGGAGAACUGGCAACCCAGGCUCUCCACACCGCGGUGCUCCCAGUGGAGGAGAUCCCUCCGGCUCAGGCCGUGGAACCCGUUCCUCUGGCCACCGAGAGUAACACAGCAGGCCGGUUGGCUGUCGGGGAGGCAGACGAGGCCUGCCCACUGUUGGAGGGCUACGGCCCACAGCGGAACAGCGUCCUCUGCCUCCCCGUAGACUCAGAGGCCCCGCCUCUCUGCAGCACCCCGAUGGCAUCGCCCAGCUGCCUCCCGGAAGACAUCAGGGAGCAGCUCGAAGGCUUGAUGUUCUCCCUCUUCCAGCAGAGUCUGAACUGCCAGGCCCUGGAGGGCUGGGACAGAGCCCCGGUGGCUCUCAGAGACCUCUGCACACCCUCCGAGGAGGAGCAACGGCAGUCGGUGCAGUCUGACCAGGGUUAUAUCUCCAGGAGCUCCCCACAGCCCCCGGAAGGACUCAUGGAGAUGGAGGAAGAGGAGGAAGAGCAGGACCUGGGGACAUUGGCCAAGCAGCUCUCUCCCGAGGACCUAGAGAACCUGAGAAGCCUCCAGAGAAGGCUCUUCUUCCAAGAGCUUCAGAAGAGCUCUGGCUGGGACAGUGUGGAGCCGGAGGAGCCCUAGGGCCUCCCCGCGCGCAGGGUGUUGAGAGAAGGGAGUGUGUGUGUCCACGAGGGUUCAUGCGAGUGUCUGUAUAUAUGUAUAGAUUCCUGUAUGAAGUGUUUGCCUUUAGAUGUGGCCCUCUCGAGCCCUAGGUCUGCCCCUGAAUUUUCUUCCUCUGACCUUCUGGUCAUGUUCUGUCCCAGCAAGAAUCCACAGCCCGUCCCUGCUCUGAGCCAGCGAUACAGUGUCAUUGAGCCACCGUCGUGCCAUUUUCAGUCAUGCAACAUUUAUUUUGCACCUCUUGUUGCCAAGCGUGUGAGAUGUAAAGGUAAAUCUUACAAGGUAGUGGCCCUGGUCACUAAGGGGUGAGAGUGACAGAUUAGCAAACAGGAUGGUCCUGUGUGUUGGAAAGGCUUGGUAGAGGUCUGCCUACAGCUAUAAAAGCACACAGAAGGAGCAGCUGGGCCCAGAGACUAUGGCUGGAGUGGGCAGCGCCUGGGGUGGGGCUGGAACCAGGGGGGCUAGAGUGGGAGGACAGGACAGCCGGAGCCCAGGCUGGAGAGGGGCUUGUGGGCCAGGCUAGGGGGGUUGGGACAUCAGCCCAGUGGCCUGGCAUUCCUUUGAUAGGGUUACCUGCUGCCCUGCAGAGGAAGGACCUGAGGACCAAAAAUACCCGAAAGCCCCUGGGCAGCAGCACCCCCCAAGCUCGAGAGGUCCCAGAGCUGGGCACCCAAGCCUGGGUAUGAGAUAUGGAGGCUCCGGCAGGGUGGGCGCAGGGGAGCAGGCCUCUCUGAGGGGGAGGGAAAUGGGCCUCUCUGUACUUAAAAGUCUGAGGCUCAAAGGCAGUAUUCGAGGAGAGAUGCUAAAGUUUAGUGAGUAAAGAAGCUGUUCUUCAGGUGCCUUCUUGGGAGGAGCUGAGGGCUUCUGUCUGUCUGGGUCCCGGCCCGGGAGGCCUUGUGCCCCUGCACUCGGGUGAGCUCCUCGCCUGUACCCUCGCCCUCAGCUGGAGCUCCAAGCAAGCUUCAGGGACGGAGUGAUGGGAAACCAUCCCAGGGUGUGUGUGUGUGUGUGUGACACAGACAUGUGCACACAAGGGAGAUAAUCAAUAAAAGAAGGAAUAAAUGUG